GUCUAUAUAAAGCCGCUAGGGCAAAUUUUUGCUUCCCUUACGUCUACCUCCAAAACCCUAGAGAGCGGCCGCGGGGAGCUCUAGCGAGCCAGAGGCAGAGACCUUCGUGUUCGGAUCCUUCGAAGAAGACAAUGGCACCGAAGAAGGACAAGGCUCCUCCGCCCGCUUCGAAGCCUGCCAAGUCCGGCGGCGGCAAGCAGAAGAAGAAGAAGUGGAGCAAGGGCAAGCAAAAGGAAAAGGUGAACAACAUGGUGCUUUUCGAUCAGGGGAGCUAUGAUAAGCUUCUAACUGAGGUGCCCAAGUACAAGCUCAUCACUCCAUCUAUCUUGUCUGACAGAUUGAGGAUUAAUGGAUCUCUUGCUAGGAGGGCAAUCAAAGAUUUAAUGGCUCGGGGCUCCAUCAGGAUGAUCUCUGCUCACUCCAGCCAGCAGAUUUACACACGAGCAACCAAUACUUGAUGUAUCCCAGCAAAUGGUCCUCUCCUAGUUGGCUUCACUUAUUUUUUUUGAGGAGUUUUUGCGUCUUUUGUUUUUCAUUCAAGUUUUUGGUGAACAGUGACCGUAAUUUUCUUUGUUUCUAGACAUUAGGCAAUUUGAAUUGAAAAGGAACUCUUUCAUGUGCUGUUAUUGCUA